AUGCAGGUGCCUGAGUGCCGGUUCCGUGAGCCCGUGCGGGUGCCCCGACCCGCUUUGCCCCCGCAGCUGCAGGAGAUCGUGUUCCGCAACUUCUACACAGCCUUCCUGAGUGUGCGCGUGCAGCGCGCCCAGGGCCCGCGCAAGUGGCUCACGUGCGUCAGUGACUACCGCCUCAUGGCCAGCCCGCACACCGAGGAGGGCGCCCAGGACUACUUCUCCCUCCUCCGACACCAGAUGCUCUGCGACGUCGACCAGGUGACGGCCGUGCGCUUCAUCCUGCGACAGCCCUCACCUGUCUGGCUGCACUUCACCAUCGAGGAGCUGCAAAUCUACCCGCCCAGCCAGAAGAGCCCGCAGAAAGAUUUUCCCUCCUGGCUCUCGCAGCUGGCUCCUCCGGAGCAGCCGGCUGUCCUGCACAGGGAGCUCCCUGAUCCAGAGAAGGUGUCCGCAGAGGCGCAGCAGAUGUGGGUGUUGACGGAGGUGAUUCGCGCUCGCCAGGCUGCCGCCCGCAUCGGGCGCUUUGACGUGGACGGUUGCUACGACAUCAACCUGCUGUCCUACACAUGA